AGCAAAUAAGGAAGUACAUGUAAGGGAACCAUCUUGAUCUGCUAGACAAGCUAACACAACCUCGAGAAAUCAAAACAAACAACUCUGGAACUAACGGUUGGUUGAUGUUUUGUAUCUGUUUAAAGUCAAACAGAGAAAGAAAGAGGCUUUCAUCAUGUCGAAUAUGGAGAAACACUUGUUCAACCUCAAGUUUGCUGCCAAGGAGCUCCAACGCAACUCAAAGAAAUGUGACAAGGAAGAAAAAGCAGAAAAAAACAAAGUGAAGCAGGCUAUCCAGAAGGGUAACAUGGAGGCAGCCAAGAUCCAUGCAGAGAACGCCAUCCGUCAGAAGCAUCAGUCCAUUAACUUCUUGAGGAUGAGCGCCCGUGUGGAUGCGGUGGCUUCCAGGGUCCAGACUGCUGUCACUAUGAACCAGGUGUCUAAAUCCAUGUCUGGCGUGGUCAAGUCCAUGGAUGCUACACUGAAAAGCAUGAACUUGGAGAAGAUCUCUGCAUUGAUGGACAAGUUUGAGCACCAGUUUGAGACCCUUGACGUGCAGACAGCUCAGAUGGAAGACACCAUGAGCAGCACCACCACUCUGACAACACCUCAGAAUGAAGUGGAUAUGCUGCUGCACGAGAUGGCUGAUGAAGCAGGAUUGGAUCUUAACCUGGAGCUUCCUCCAGGCCAGACUGCCACACUGGCAUCAUCCGUGGCAUCAACAGAGCAGGAUGAGCUCUCCCAGAGGCUGUCCAGACUGCGAGACCAAGUAUCAUAAUGGUGUAUACAAGAAAAGAACGAAGAAGAGGAGAAGGAAGGAGACACAGGGGUCGAUAAAGAAAAAGUGAAGAGUCGACUAAAAAAAGAUGCAAUGUGCCUGCAAGCUUUUUGCCCUCCUCUGUGUUCCAGGUUUGUUCUCUUUGGAGAAAUGCAAUUAUUAUGCCAGAAAAGAAUGUUUACAGUCCAACUACUAACUGCAUUGUUCCACAGUAUUGUUGAUUUGCACACUUUUAUGGUACACGUAUCUAUUCUCAUGAUGUAGCUCAGCAACAGGACUCUGCUGGUAUUUAUUUCUAAAUUGUCACAGCUGGUGGGAAAUAAUACUUGUGUAUUGUGUACAGCCAAUACCUCAUUCCAAACUUGUUAUGCAGUAUGUAUAAAAUGCAAAGAGCUAUUUAUUUAUUUAUUUAUUAUUUCGUGUAAUUGUUUAUUGACUGACUGGAUAUCAAUAAGGGCAUGCUUUCAGUGUAACUAUAUUGUCUUUUAUGCAUGACUGAGGGUGUGGAGACUCCUGCUGCAGUUGUCUUCUCCAUCUGUUUUGCUGCCGGUUUUGACUGCAGUGUCGUAACUUAAAGUUAUUCUAAUUUUUUUUGUAUAUCUUACUCAGAAAGAUGCUCCACAGUAAGUUUACCUUGAGUAUUGCUAAGGAGAGAGCUGAAAUAUGAGUUUUUUUCUUCACGUAACCCCUCUAGCGGCUCACUUGUGAACAAAAGUUUGCAAACACUCAUACGGACCACGUGUAUCAUGGCAGUCUUGAGUUUCCCUGUAGCUCCUGGUUUUCUCUGAUGGAAUCACUAAAACACAUCUAUCAUGUUGCAGAAAAACAAUCGUGCAUUUUUUUUUUCUUUUAUAGAUUUAUCAUAGGUCUUCUGGAAAUAUGACAAAAUCUGCUGGGGUCAGAAAUAUCCAUACUGAAAUGCUCAGAUUUAGUGAAAUGCACUUUGGCUGUUUUUCCAACAAGCAGGCAUUUUUGGUAGCCGCCUGUAAGAUCCUGGUUGUAUCUUUAAUCACUACUCUUGGCAGAAUUCGUACAGUUCAACUGCAUUUAUUGACUUUCUGACACAAACUUGUUUCCUUAGCACAAUCAACAUGUUCUUGACUCCAUUUAAGUCAUGAUUUUGGAGAGGCCAGUCUUAAAUGUUAAUUCUAGCCUCAUUUGGCCAUUUCUUUACUACUUUUGAUGUGUUUGGGGUCAUUGUCUUGUUGGAACACCAAACUGCAUCCAAGAUUCAACCUUCUUAUUGUAAAUUUUAGGUUUUCCUGAACAAUGUGAAAGUAAUCCUCCUUCGUUUUUCAGAAUUGAUUUGCACCAGUGCCACCUGCAGCAAAACAACCUCAGACCAUAAUACUGCCUCCACCGUGCUUGAUGAUAGGUUUGGUGUCCUUUAGGUUAAAGGUCUCACCUUCUCUCCUCCAAACAUACUGCUGGUCAUUGUGGCCACUGAAGGACUUUCUUCUUGCAUGGCAGUCUCUCAGCUCGUAUUGAUGUAAAACACACUUGACUGUGGACACUGACAGCAGCCUCUGAUUCAUUGCAGACCUGCGUUUGAUGAUUCCUGGUUGACUCUUGACUAGCUUCACCAGUUGUCUCUCAGCAGCAGAUGAAAGUUUGUGUUUUCUUCCUGAUCAUGACAGUGACUCAACUGUACCAUGCACUUUAUACUAACAAAAAAGGGUUUUGCUUCUUCAGAUAUCUGCCGAGCUCCUCAGACUUUCUCACUGUAGUGUUUGUGGCUGAGUCUGAUGAGGAUCAAACGGGCCCUGUUUAAUUUGGCGGCUGUGGUCAAUCGUAGCACCUAGAAGCGGUGAAAAGGCCAUGUCACUAAAAUAUUUGAUCAAUUCAUGAAGUUGCUGUGUAAUUUUAAUGCAGCAGAUUUUGUCAUAUUUCUAGAAGAUCUAUAAUAAUUAUUUGAAGGAACAGGUUGUUGUUGUUUUGUGAGAAAGGCACGUGUGUUUCAAUCAUUCCAUCAUAGAAAAUUUGGAGUCAUUGAAAACUCAAAACUGCUAUGGUAUACAUGGUCUUCACAAGUAUUUUUUCUUGUUAUAUUAUUUGAGGACAGGUCUCUCUUGAGAAUGAGACCCAGUGUCUCAGUGAGAUUACGUGUAUAAAUAAAGGCUAAAUAAAAUUUAAAAAUGUAAACUUUUGGUGGUAACUGUGUAUGCACAGAAAGAAAGACAUUAAAAGACAAGUGAACGCGU